AUAAUUUCCUGGUAGAUAUAUUUGUAAAACCUAGGAGCUACCCCGCAAGGGUGCUGUAGGCUAUCUAUAAUAGGGGCUUGUUUCCUCCAUAUAAAACGGUCGCAGCGCGUACGCGCAUCAGUUUGUGACGGCAUCAGAGAGAACAAGCACGCUGAACGAUGAACAGUAUAUACACAGUGGUGGUGUUAGCGUGCGUCGCAGCGGCGCAAGCGCAGUUCCCCAACGGACGCAUCCUGGAGCCCCCGGUACCUUCGCAAUGCGUGCAGAGAGUCAUCCAUGAGAGAUAUGCUGACAACAAAGGCUACUUCUUCUCAUGGCGAGAUCCUGCUUUACGAGGUGUGGAAGAGGACUGGCUUAGUGCGAGGAACUACUGCCGGCAGCGCUGCAUGGACCUGGUGUCUUUGGAGACCAGCGACGAAAAUGAGUGGGUCAAGGCCAGAAUAGUUCAGGAUAAGGUCAAAUACAUCUGGACAUCAGGUCGUCUAUGCGAUUUCAAGGGAUGCAAUCGUCCCGACUUGCUACCAAAUGAGAUCAACGGAUGGUUUUGGACCGCCGAGCUGCAGAAGUUGGCGCCCACCACCAACCGCCAGCAGAACGACUGGUCGGAAGGCGGAGGCAUCGGCAAGCCGCAACCAGACAACCGGGAACUGAUCCAAGGUGGCGCAGCGGAACACUGCGUGGCGAUACUGAAUAACUUCUACAACGACGGCGUCCACUGGCACGACGUAGCCUGCCACCACAGGAAGCCCUUCGUGUGCGAAGAAAACGAUGCCCUAUUGAAAUACGUGCGAUACACCAACCCUAACUUGCGGGUUUAGGACCAAAAUACAUCGAAGAGUCGUAGAUAAACUAAGAUUUUCUAAAGCAAGGCAGCGAUAAUUUUGAAGAUAUUUGUCGUUACUGGACCGUACUUAGCAAUAAUAGCUAUGCCCUAACCAUUAACGGCGAGGAUCGGAGGCUUAUUAAUCCGAAUUUAUUACUUUCGAUAUACUCGACUCCGGAAUCUCUUACUUUUCGCCAGUAGGUAUCAAUUAAAAUAUAAACGCAAAAUUUUGGAUUCCAAGAAUAGAGCCUGCCUGACACCAAAACACUGCCAAGUCUGUUUUCUACGCCUCAAGAAUUAUAAUAUACGGUGCUAGCUUUAAGUAUACCUCAUCGCGUCCAAUAUUUAUUAUUUCAGUAUUGUUCUUUGCAGUAGUCAUGCAAGAAAUUGUUUUAACUGUAAGAUCUGUCAAUAAAGACUGCUAAAUAUGAA